GAAAAAGCACGUUCUACAGUGAGUUGUUCGUAUUUGUAACAAAUCAAAGUGUAAUAUUUCUUCGGGUGACAUGGCUAAAAGUAAUUACUGGAAAACACCACUAACAACAGCCGAUCUGUUAGAUGAAAUAGAAAGACUUGACGAAGACGAUCCUAAUAUUCCUGAUGAUAUAUAUAUUACUCCGCCGGACGACAACGAUUUUGAAAGUGCUGAGGAUUCUGGGGACGAGGACUGCAAUGAUCCGAAUAGACUGAAUCCUAGGCAGCUUCAAGCAGAAGCAGAAAGCAACAAGCUAGAGGAAGACAACAGUGACAAUGAGAAGAAAACUCAGUUACAAGAGGAAAGUGGACUGUCUAGAAAAAAUAAGUUUUCAGAAAAGCGUAAUAGGUGAAAAGCGUCACAAUCAUCUACUGAAAAAUUUCCUAUGGUUGACAUAUUACCUGUGCUUACGCUAAGCGAUAAAAGUGAACCUUCAGUUUUUCAGAACUCUUUCUAAAUGCAGAUGUACUCGAAUAUCUUGUAAAAUAUACCGUUUUGUAUGCAAGUAGCAAAAACAGUCGAUUAGAACUAGGCACCGAUGAGCUACUCGUUUUCAUAGCAAUAUUAUACUUGAGCGGUUAUGUUCCACUUCCACGUCGAAGAAUGUUUUGGGAAGGGCGAGAUGACACUCGAAAUAUUCUGGUGUAUAACUCCAUGCGUAGAAAUAGAUUUGAGGAAAUAUUCAGAUUCCUACAUGCAG